AGCAAGCUCGAGGUUAGUCCGCCGAGGUGACAGGGCCAACCAUCCUUCCCAUGUCAUCUGCCCUCAUCCCGACCGCAUAUAGGCAGGGAAUGCUGACGCUCUAGCACGCAUGCAUGCAUGUUCUACUUCCACUGCCAGGAAUUCGGGAUCAGCGCGUCCGACUGCCGCAAACUCGCCGAGUCGGGCUUCUACACGAUCGAGGCGAUCGCUUUCACGCCCAAAAAGGCACUGCUCAACGUCAAAGGCAUCUCGGAGGCGAAAGCGGACAAGAUCCUUGCGGAAGCAUCCAAGCUCGUCCCGAUGGGCUUCACCACCGCGACCGAGUUCCACCAGCGCAGAAACGAGCUGAUCACCAUCACGACGGGCUCCAAGAACCUCGACGGUAUACUCGGCGGCGGCAUGGAGACCGGCAGCAUCACCGAGCUCUUUGGCGAGUACCGGACCGGCAAAAGCCAGCUGUGCCACACCCUUGCGGUGACGUGCCAGCUACCGAUCGACAUGGGUGGAGGGGAAGGCAAGUGCCUUUUCAUCGACACGGAAGGGACUUUUGUGGCGCCCUGUGCGCCUCUUGGCUGUUGCUGAGCGCUACGGCCUCAAUGGCGAGGAGGUGCUGGACAAUGUCGCGUAUGCGCGGGCAUACAAUGCAGACCACCAGCAACAGCUGCUCGUACAAGCGUCCGCGAUGAUGGCCGAGUCACGAUUCUCGCUACUCAUCGUCGACUCGCUCACCUCACUCUAUCGGACCGACUUCUCCGGCCGAGGCGAGCUCUCCGCGCG